AUGGUUGCCUACAAUUCGAUCCUCCUUAUCAGCCAGAUGACGCCCAGUGUAUUUACUGCGUUGGCUCUACUGGCCCCUCUCCUCACGAGUGGAUCGACUGUACGGAGUGCAGCACAUGUGCAUAGACGAGCAAAUGGACCUCCCGCUGAUUUUACGCUGGUUGGGGUUGCACCCACCAACACGGUCCUGAGCUUCCGCCUUGCACUCACCCAGAGCAAUCCAGCCGGACUGGAAGAGGCACUGUACAACGUGAGCAUGCCCUCCAGUCUUGCCUAUAAGAAGUAUCUCGACAAGGCUGAGGCCGCACGAUUUGUCUCUCCGUCAGCGGACACCCUCUCUGCUGUCAAUUCAUGGCUGCAGGCACAAAAUAUACAUGCGGCGACGCUUACACCGGCAGGUGACUGGCUGGGAAUAAACGUCAGUGUCUCUAGGGCGAACGACCUCUUCGACGCAGAGUUCGGCGUUUACAAUCACACACGCACAGGACUGCAGACAAUACGCACAUUGUCAUAUACCAUUCCCGAAGAACUUGUUGGACACAUGACACUUGUUUAUCCCACUACUACCUUCCCGGAGUUCAACUCCAUGAUCUCACUGAGUUUGAGGCCAGCCAUUCCUCGGCGUGCCGAGGCCAGCAAGACGCUCGUAGCUGCUUCCUGCGCAGAAGCAAUUAUUCCUUCCUGUCUACAAUCGCUCUACAGCAUCCCGACCACACCCGCGACUCAAUCCUCAAAUCAGUUCGGCGUCACUGGGUUCUUCGACGAAUAUGCUAAUCAGGCCGAUCUCCAAACAUUCCUGGGCACAUAUCGUCCUGAUAUGUCGAAUUCCACGACGUUCUCGUUCGAAUCCGUUGACGGCGGCAUAAAUCCACAGAAUGCGUCGGAUGCCGGUGGUGAAGCUAAUAUAGAUACGCAGUACACUGUGGGUCUUGCGACGGACGUGCCUACCAUUUUCAUAUCGGUGGGACAAAGUUCUGGCGGAGCUUGGGGCGGGUUUCUCGAUGUCAUCAACUAUUUACUCUCCCAGGAUUCACCGCCGCAAGUUUUGACAACGAGCUAUGCGGGAAACGAGGACGAACUUCCCUUCAGUUUUGCCGAUAAUCUGUGUAACGCAUAUGCUCAGCUUGGUGCUCGUGGUGUGUCCAUCCUAUUCGCUUCAGGCGAUGGUGGAGUCUCAGGUUGGCAAGCGGGCACUUGCGAUACCUUUGUCCCCGUUUUUCCAGCGACAUGCCCAUUUGUCACCGCUGUUGGUGCAACCGAGGGGAUCAACCCUGAGACUGGCGGCUACUUCUCCUCAGGUGGCUUCUCCAAUUUUUGGGCGACUCCCUCAUACCAGAAAUCUGCCGUGUCCACUUACCUGUCUCACCUUGGCGAUACGUACAGCGGCCUAUACAAUGCCUCCGGACGAGGGUUCCCGGACGUUUCCGCCCAAGGACUGAAUUUUGAAAUUGUCUACGAGCAAGACUUCUACAGCGCUGCUGGAACAAGUUGUUCUACUCCAACUUUCGCCUCUGUGAUCGCACUGCUUAACGACGAGCUCGUUGCCGCGGGUGAACCGAGCCUGGGGUUCCUGAAUCCGUGGCUAUACUCCAGCGCGGCGUCUGCAUUCAACGACAUCACCACUGGCAGCAAUCCUGGGUGCAAUACAACUGGAUUCAACGCGACGGCUGGAUGGGAUCCUAUAACUGGCCUCGGUACGCCAGAUUAUAUCAAGCUGAGGGCAGCAGCAGGACUUUAA